AUGCCGAAGGAGACUCUGUUGAAAGCCUUGCUAAAGUUAAAGGAUCAGCUGUGCUCUGUAGUCAGGCAUGUUAACAGCGCAACGUGGUGGCAUGAGCAUCUCUCUGAAGAGAAUGUCGAGUUCCUCAAGAAGGCAACUGCGGAGGAAUACAAAGCUCAGACAGCCAGCAAGCUGUGCCCUCUGAAAGAUGAGCCAUGGCCACUGAAUGAGUGGAAACCAGAUUCCAUCAGAGUUGGUGUUGUUGCAGUAAAACUGGGAAUGAUGCCAAUAUGGACCAAGUCAGGAAAAAAGCAUGCUGUCACACUGCUUAAGGUGCAAGAUUGCCAUGUUUUAAAAUAUAUUUCGAAGGAAGAGUCGGGUGGAAAAACAUCUAAGCUACUUGUUGGAGGCAAAAACGGAUCUCCUUUUUAUAAAUCAGAGUCUGCAAUGGAAAUUUUUAAAGAAGCUGGAGUACCACGGAAGCAGAAAGUUACAACGUUUAAUGUAACAGAUGAUGCCAUAAUUAAACCAGGUACUCCUUUGUAUGCUGCUCACUUUCGCCCCGGGCAGUUCGUGGAUGUGACGGCAAAAACAAUUGGUAAAGGAUUUCAAGGUGUCAUGAAAAGGUGGGGAUUUAAAGGUCAGCCUGCAAGCCACGGCCAGACGAAAACUCAUCGACGUCCUGGUGCAAUAUCUACCAAUAAAGCUGCCAAAGUUUAUCGUGGAAAGAAAAUGCCUGGUAAAAUGGGUAACAUCUAUAGGACGUCUUAUGGAUUAAAGGUGUGGAGGAUCAACACAAAACAUGACAUUAUUUAUGUAAAUGGAUCUGUUCCAGGUCACACAAAUUGUCUGGUGAAGGUCAAAGAUAGCAAAUUGCCUACUUACAAGGACUGCAAAAGAAAUCCUCCUUUCCCUACAUUUUUUGCGGAUGGAGAUGAAAAACUACCAGAAGACCUGUAUGAUGAGGAGGUUUUCCAGUUCACAGAUCCAUCUGUCACAUAUGCAUAA